UCAAACAGCUCCUUUAGCGUGCUAAAAAACCCGAUUGAUUGAAAUAACCUAAUUAGUAACUAAUCCUUUUCUUUUUUCUCUGCUCGAACGAGCUCGAGCUUCAUCAAUGGCGGACUCAAACCUCUUCUGCAUCUCCCUCGUCCUCCUCCCUCUCAUCCUCCUCUUUCUUCUAUUCCUAAUCACCAGACCCCGACCCAUCCAAAUCCCAAUAAAGAAACGCCAUAUCUUCAUCACCGGCGGAUCCAGCGGCAUCGGUCUAGCCCUGGCACACCGGGCCGCAUCAGAGGGAGCCCGUGUCUCAAUUUUAUCCAGGUCCAUAGAUAAGCUAGAAGAAGCUAAGAACGCAAUCAGACAGUCCACCGGCAUCGACGUGGCAAUUUUUGCUGCUGAUGUGAGAGAUUUUGAAGCAGUACAGAGAGCCGUUGAUGAAGCUGGCCCCAUAGAUGUCUUGGUUGUGAAUCAAGGGGUUUUUGUGGCUCAGGAAUUGGAGGAGCAGAAAUUGGAAGAAGUCAGGUUCAUUAUAGAUGUUAAUUUGAUGGGGAGUUUCAAUAUGAUUAAAGCCGCCUUACCUGGAAUGAAGAGAAGCAGGAAGGAUCGGGGACCUGGUUCUAUUGCUCUCAUGUCUUCCCAGGCUGGCCAGGUAGGUAUUUAUGGAUACACAGCUUACUCGGCUAGUAAAUUUGGUCUCCGGGGUUUAGCAGAAGCAUUGCAACAGGAGGUUAUUGGGGACAAUAUCCAUGUCUCUCUAGUAUUCCCUCCGGAUACCGAAACUCCUGGUCUGACUGAAGAAAACAAAAGAAAACCACAACUCACAAGUAUCAUAGCAGCAUCCUCUGGUGCAAUGAAAGCCGAUGAAGUUGCAAAGAAAGCUUUAGAUGGCAUUAAAUCUGGUAGUUUUACAAUCCCGUGCAACUCCGAGGGAAUCUUAUUGGCCAUAGCAACUGCCGGUUUAUCUCCUCAGAGAUCAUACUUGAUGGCAUUUGUUGAAGUGGUUGCUGCUGGUAUAGUACGUAUUGCAGCUCUGUGUUUCCAAUGGAAUUGGUAUGGAAGCAUAGAGAAGUGGCACAUGCAAAAAAACCGAACUUAGAAGCUCUUGGUGCUUGAAACAGGCAGACAUUUUUCUGAUGUAAGCUGCAAUGUAUGUCGAGGACUCCCUAAGUUGCUGAAAUGGGGUUUUGGGCUUCACAAAAUUUCCAGCCUCUAUAUUUCAGGACUGGGUUUUCUCCCCACCCCCGUUUUCUUUUGCCACUGUGAACUAGCAGUCAUUCGAUCCAUGUCUGGUUUAUUUUUGGAUUAUGAGUUAUUUUGUUUCCAUUUCAUAUCCGUCAAGACGGAAAUGUCGGGCACCGACUGAUCCCUCUUUUGUAUAUCAGGAACUGCUUAUAUCUCCAUUCAAUGGUAGACUAAUAUAAGCACUGAUACGUAUUUCUUUUCCUAUUUCGUUCUGAUGACAUUCCUAGGAGACGGUUGUAAUUCAGAUCAGUAUACAUUAUUCGAAGUAUAUGGUUGUCAUGCA